GUUUGGAGGUCAACCUGGAGACGAGAUCGAAGACCACAGUUCUCUGACGAAUGUUGCGAGAAUGCGUUGAAUUGAUUACGACCCGGCGAAUUUCGGCUUUGGGGAUGGAUUCGACCGUGCUGCUGUUCCUUCUGACCGCGUGCAUUCUGGAAGUGGUGUUGGGUCAACAAGGUCCUGUGUUCGUUCUGGAGCCACCGAGUACCCUGGUCUUUUCAAAUACCACAGGCUCACAGUUAAGCUGUUCCGCUCAUGGGAGUCCAACACCACACGUCACCUGGAUAACCAGUCCUGAUCAGAGAUCGGUGACCGCAGUUCCUGGACUUAGACAGUUGCUCGGAAAUGGCACCCUCUACUUCCCACCCUUUUUGGCGCAGGAUUUUCGCGCGGAAGUUCAUAACGCGAGAUACAGGUGUCGUGCAACCAGUUCUGUGGGUUCGGUGCUUUCUCGCGAAGUUACGCUUCGUGCUGUGCUGACGGUUCCUGGUUAUGACGUAAGGGUGAACAGAUCCCCCGUGAUGGAGGGAUGCAAUGCUGUUUUAUCCUGCACAGCCCGGGAAGAUGUCAAGGAACACUUGACAGUCACCUCCUGGUUUCGAGACGAUGCCAUUCUUCUACCUGGAAGCACGGACACAGGAGGAAGAUUCGUGGUCACUUCUCAGGGUGAUCUUCACAUAAGAGCUACCAGACCUGAAGAUGGAAGAGCAACGUACUCGUGUUUGACCCUUCAUGCGCUGACUGGAGAGAGGAGGAGGAGUGAGCCUGCCACUUUGACAGUAACAGAGCCAAGUGGAUCGGUGCCACCAAGAUUGAUGCAAAGAUCACAAAUAGCCAUUUCGGCAGAAAGUGGUUCGGAUGUUCAUCUCACCUGCUCGGCCCAAGGAAGUCCACCCCCUCAAUUUACCUGGUAUCGCGAUGUUAACGGCCACUCGAUACCGGUGGAGUCGUUCGGUCGAAUUCAGCUAUGGGGUGAUUUGAUGCAAAUCCGUCGUGUGGACGCCCAGGACGCGGGAAGGUACAUUUGUCGAGCUAGCAAUCAGGUUGGCGAGCAACGGGCGGAAACACACCUGUCGGUCACGUCAAAACUCAACGCGAGGAUACAACCCCGUGUUCAGAUCAUCAAUUCCGGAGAGUCCGCCACUAUGAAUUGCACGGUGGAGGGUUAUCCGGUCGAGAGCGUCGAGUGGUUGCACGAUGGUGUGCCGGUAUUGACCGCACAGGACACCAGGAUCAGAUUGCUGGCUCCUCUGGUCCUCGUGAUAGGCUCGGUUGGACGAAAGGACAAGGGGAUGUAUCAGUGCCUCGUUAGAAGCGACAAGGAAAACGCUCAAGCCACUGCGGAAUUGAAACUAGGAGACACAGUACCAGAGUUACAGUACACGUUCAUAGAACAAGCCUUACGUCCAGGACCCCCAGUGUCACUGAGAUGUUCCGCAACAGGAUCACCGCCUCCGUCAUUCACGUGGCUGCUAGAUGGAGAACCCCUGAGCGAAAUCGCGGCUGGACACAGGUACGCGAUAGGACAGUAUGUCGAUCAGUCCGGGGACGUAAUCAGUCACUUGAACAUAUCAUCGGCUGGCGCUGAAGAUGGCGGCCUUUAUGCCUGUGUCGCUUCCAAUACCCUGGCCACUGUCGAGCAUAAAGCCAGACUGAACAUUUAUGGUCCACCGUAUAUACGAUCGAUAGGACCAGUCCGCGCGAUUGCUGGUGUCGAUACCACCAUAGCCUGUCCUUAUUCGGGUUAUCCUAUCACGUCAGUCGAGUGGUCCCGUGGUGGAGUUGAAUUGCCCCUUGACAUAAGGCAUCAUGUCGAUAGCGAAGGACAUCUUACUAUCGCCAAUGUGGAUCCUAACGAUGCAGGAACUUACACCUGCAUGGUUCGUGCUAGGUCUGGGGAAACGGCUAGCAGGGAUAUUCGACUUACUGUCAGUAGUCCGCCAGUUAUGAGUCCCUUCAAUUUUCCCGCGAACCUGCAGGAAGGAAGCAGAGCCCAGGUCACGUGCAGCGUCACUUCCGGCGACCUUCCGAUCUACUUCUCCUGGCUGAAAGACGGAGAGCCGUUGCCUUCGCUUUUACGUAUCGAAGAGAGGGUGGCGGAGUUCUUCAGUCUGCUCGUUUUCAAGGAACUAUCCUCGAGCCACAGCGGCAAGUACACUUGUGUGGCGACGAACAGCGCGGCCAAAGUGAACCACACGGCCGAACUUUUGGUCAAAGUGCCACCGCAAUGGAUCUUUGAGCCGCAAGACGUAGCGACCCUUCUCGGCAACCCGUUGAACGUUCAUUGCGAGGCGAAGGGGUUCCCGCCACCACGUGUCACAUGGCUGCGUGCCAAGGGCAGAAGUUCCAAUGACUAUCAACCCUUGGUCGACGGCUCCGAUGGCAGGCUAACCAUAUUGCCAAAUGGAUCUUUAUGGACGGCUUCCGCAGGACCCCAGGACGAGGGUCACUAUCUCUGCCGGGCUAAUAACGGCAUUGGAUCUGGACUCAGCAAAGUGAUCUACGUAUCAGUUCAUGAACCAGCAAGAUUCGAGUUCCAGAGUAAAAACGUGACAAUACGACGUGGAGAGUCGGUGACCCUGGACUGCACCGUAAUCGGUGAUAACCCCAUAGAGGUGCAGUGGAUGCACAACAGCGAUCGUUUGGAUACGAACACCCAUAGGCUGAGCAUCAGUCAGAUCAAAACCGAUAAUGGAUUGAAGUCGCAGUUGUCUAUUGGCAGCAGCGAUCGUCAGGACUCAGGUGUCUACAGGUGUACUGCGGACAAUGCUUAUGGGAGGAGCGAGCAUCUUAUUUAUUUGGCUGUUCAAGAGAGGCCAGAUCCACCAGCCUCGUUGGAAGUCAUAGAAAUCGGCUCGCGAUCGAUACGAUUGCUGUGGAAGAGGGCUUUCGACGGGAACAGUCCGAUACGAAAUUACGUUAUUCAGUAUCGGUCGUUGAAUCACGGUUUGGAGGAUGAUUGGAACCCCGCGAAAACGCACAAUGUCACUUACACACCCGGAAAUUCUAAUAGCGGAAACGCCAUCCAUCCUACUCAGAAUGGGUUAUCCCCUUUCGAAACAACCAGCGGCGAUCAGGAAGUGGCUCUUGUGAGUGGACUACAUCCGGCUGUCACGUACACGUUUCGUAUAUUCGCUAUAAAUUCGAUCGACGUUAGCAUACCCACUGAUCCUGUGGUAGCGAAAACUCAGGAAGAAGCGCCUACUGAACCGCCGCAGAGCAUCAAGGUUCAGUCUGCGGGGCCUGGAGAACUUAUGGUUAGCUGGCAGCCACCGCCAAAGGAGUCCUGCAACGGAGAUCUAUUGGGCUACAUAGUGACGUGGUCAGAGCAUUCAUCUUCGACGUCAGGUGUGAACCAGAGCAAAAGUUUAACCGUGAACGGAUGGGCGACGACGAAGGUGCAACUCACCGGUCUCAGAAAGUUCACGAAGUACGAUAUAUCGAUCAGAGCUUUCAAUAGUAUAGCCAGCGGUCCGGCCAGCGUUCCCAUUGUUGGAACAACUCAGGAGGGAGUGCCGGAGACGCCUCCGACACAGGUGGCUUGCGUUCCUUUGUCUUCGCAAAGUGUGAAAGUCUCGUGGAGCGCGCCGCCGCCUCAUCAACAUGGCGGCAUCAUUCAGGGUUACAAGGUUUAUUAUAGACCGGUACCCACUGAUAAUAUGGACAUUUCCACGGUGGGCGAAGUGAAGAAGACCUCCAGCGUGGAGACCUACCUGCACACCUUGUACAAAUAUACAAAUUACUCCAUCAGGGUUCUGGCUUACACUGGAGCAGGAGAUGGAGUUCUCAGUCCGCCAAUUUUUUGUACCACAGAAGAAGAUGUUCCAGGACCACCAGCUGGCAUCAAAGCUUUAGCACUAACGGCGGAAAGUAUAUUGGUUUCGUGGUUGCCGCCAUUGCAACCCAAUGGGAACGUCUCCAAGUACACGGUUUACAGCAGGGAAGCUGGAUCCAGCAACCACAACACACAUACCAUGCACGAACCUCCAUCAUCGCCCACAGAUACGCUGACCAUGGAACUGAGAGGGCUGGUGGAGAGGCAAGUAUACGAGUUUUGGGUAUCGGCAACGACGGGGCUGGGAGAAGGAGAGCCAACAACCAUCGUGACGCAAACUACGAAUACUAGAGCUCCAGCUAGAGUGGCGUCGUUCUCGCAACUUCUGAGGAGAGCCAUCAAAUCGUCCAUUAUGUUGUCCUGUUUGGUCGUGGGCAACCCUACGCCUCGCCCUAUUUGGACGUACAGAAAUGGCCAGGUAUCUACUGGUCGCCAUUAUGAGCUAACUGCUGAUGGCCAUCUUAAUAUUCGUGGACUAGAACAGUCAGUGGCAGGGAAUUACACUUGCUCCGCCAGCAACCUAUUCGGUGAUGAUUCAAUUACAUAUACCCUGGUCGUCGUGAUGCCCCCUCGUGCACCGACCUUAGAACUGCAAUAUACCACAACGAAUAGCAUUAGGCUCCGAUGGAACCAUCCAAACAACGGAGGCGCUACCAUUCAAGGUUACGUGUUAAGCUACAAGAGGGACCAAGGUGGUUGGGAGGAGAUCGCAUUAUCACCAGAGCAGACUGAAUUCAUCUUAUCAGGACUGAAAUGUGGAUCCUCGUACUUGGCGCAUUUGACAGCCCACAAUCGUGUUGGCACUGGAGACCCUAGUCCUCUCAUUAGUGCCACAACAAAAGGAACUGCUCCACUACUACCAAAAGAACGAGACAUCAUCUCCGCCAACGGAACAUCCGUGAAGUUAAACCUGUUAUCCUGGCCAAACGGCGGUUGCCCCAUACAAUACUUCACCGUAGAGUACAAAAGACGCAUCAGUACUGAACCAUGGAUUCUAGUAGCGAGCCGCGCCACGGAGAAUCUAGUUAUACGAGACCUGAAGACUGCUUCCUGGUAUAAUUUACGACUGACAGCCCACAACGACGCUGGCUCCACUCAGACGCAGAUGGAAUUCGCUACGACCACCCUCAGUGGUGUCAGUAUUGGUCCUCCGAACGACCUCAUCAUGGAGGACGACGUGAAGAAAGCUAUACCCAACCAGAAAGUGCUCUACGUGGUCGUACCUCUGAUCUGCGCCAUAGUGCUUAUUGUUUCGGCCGCCAUUUUGGGAUACGUAAUGCUGAAACGUAGCGGCAGGGCGAACUACUUAGGGGAGAUUCUCCCUGGACAGCAACAGAAUCAGCAGUCGGGGUUGGGCCUCGUUCAGACGCAACAGCAGCAUCAGCAGCAUCACCAUCUCUCUAGCUGCAUGUCGACUAUGCAGCUGAAGUCCACGGCUGAAAGGGACAACAGGAGAAAUCACCAGGUGUACACCAGCUCACCUGUGAAGCAGGAGAAUCACAAGUCUAAUGAUCAUGGAUCAGAAAUGUAUGAAAUCAGUCCAUACGCAACCUUCAGCGUCCCAGGACGAGAGAAUCGCUCGGUGACGACAGCGACCCUCGACUACACCAUGCAAUUUAAGACAUUCGGCCAUUUAGAGAACGAGGAUAUCAACACCAUCGAUUACGAGAGGUCCAGCGUGGACUUCGAAAGGUCUAAAACCUCAAGGUGGCACAAGCAACGGUACUUCCCAAGUAUCGCCGAAGCGGAGAGCAAGUUGCGCUCCAGUCGCCAGGGUUCCGGGAGCGACACGUCCGGAAGCCCUUGUGGAGAAUGCGCCGGACCUAGUUACAGAGUACCAGUUAAACCUUGCAGAGAUGUAUUCUCCCGAGGAGUGGAGUCAAGUACAGAGUCCAACAAUGAAGGCUCUCCUUCGCUUGCGAGACGACGAAGCCGACAGCCGAGCCGGUCCACUCGCAGUUCGGUAGAGGACAUGACGUUGUUGCCGCCAAGCGGGUUCAGCGACAGUCGCGAGUUGAGCGACGUAGAGUGCGAUCGUGAUCGUGAUCGUGAUCGUGGUGAACGUGAUCGUGAUCGUGAUCGAGACUGGCAGGGUCUAUCAGCGGGAAUCCGUCACGGUGGCAGCCUGGGUAGACUACCGAUCGAGGCCGUCGAAUCUAUGCUCGCUAGGUACCAACAAAGGAAAGAACAAGAGAGGCAAGAGUUCACUAUACACGUUUGA